UUUACAUAUUUUAUUAAUCAUCAUAAUUUUUCACAGACCUCUCGUUAUUGAUUGUGUUUUUUCAUUAAAUUUUUACAACAACUGCGAACUUUACAAUGUCACGCCGAACUCUUGCUGAAAAAUACAAAAGCUCUCACGUUGCGCGAGUCACUUACACCUCCACACUCAACCAGGACAUCGAUUUUGAAAUAGAUCACCGCAAAAUGUUGAAUCUAUAUGACAAAAUUAAUGGAAAAAGAGUGAAUGUCACGCCCAAGCUCGUUGAAGAAGAAAUAUAUGCAUUGGACAAAGUCCGUUUGCUGCACAACUUCACAGUGAUGGAGUUGAAGGAACUGACUUCUCAGCGUAGCAUCGAUAGUAUGUCGAACAGUCGAAAGAGUAUGAACAUUUUAAGAGGCAAAUCCAGUACACGUCUGGGUAUGGGAGUUAAGGUGUCACUAGAGGAUAUAGUUCAAGCGAUUGGUAGCAAAUAUGUGAUUACCAAGGAAUCGGGAGAAAAGCCACGUGAAGAUUUACUUCCCAAGCCAAGAGCGCGUAAAUUACCAUUUAUUAAAGUGGUUUUGCGUAAGACUGCAGAGAUUUUUUUGUUCGAACAAAACAGUUGCACUGUUGCGAAAGGCAGCGAGGAGGCUGAAUUGGUAGAGCAGGACAACCGUGUCUACGAAUAUCUGACUGCGGGUAGAGGAAAAAUUCGGCGGCGCUCCGAAGCCGAGACGCAGACAAAAGAUAUUUUCAAAAUUACACGCACCGUUAAUACAACCGUUAAGAAACAGACCGAAAGUGCAACUUAUGUGUCCUUCUUUGAAAUGUUCGACACCUACCAAAAGCUGCUCCAUCUAACAUCGCCCACUCUGACUAAAGAGCCAUCACUUAUGGCGAUGAAUUUUAAUACGGGCAAAUUUGGUAAGAUCGUAGACAAUCCGAAAUUCUCUUAUGCGGCCAUGGUAUUGGAACGCAUAUUGGCCAGCAAUUACUAUCAGGAUGGACAGCGACGCUAUCGCAAUAUGGUAGUGCCGAGUAAAAUGGAUAAAGUUGCCGAAUACAAGUAUACGUUGAACCUUCUGUAUCGUCUAAUGGAGCCUACAUUUGAAAUAGGGAAAGGCGCUAAAAAUCGUAAAGCGGUCUCGGCUAUAAGUUUCUGUUAUGGCAAUGGUGAUUUGGUAGCCGUCGGCUAUGGUUUCUAUUCGCACUCGGCCAAAGUAACUGUAAGCAGCGGCAAUGUAUGCAUUUGGAGCAUGAAGAAUCCACAUAAUCCGGAACGCUCUUACGCCUAUCAUGUGCCAGUAACGGCUGUGGAGUUUUCACCAUUUCUACCGUUCCUAAUUGCUGUCGGUUUAUAUGACGGCUCUGUGAAAGUGCUUAACAUCACGAAACCCCAUGGACUGCCUUUGGCCGUUUCGCAACGCAACGUUUUAUUGAGCUCUGAACCGGUGACGGCGAUUCAAUGGUUUCAUGGACCGCAUAAUGAAUCCACCGAAAUCGAUCCGUUUUUGGUAUUGACACGCGAUGGUAAAGUGGCAAAGUUUCGCAUUAUACCCAGCCCAUAUCUAUUGGGUAUGCGCCAGAUGGAGUUGAAUCGUAUUGUCGGUAAUCCUGAGGGUUUACAAAAGCAGUCAGUUAAUAUUACAAUGCAAGGCAAAUACGAAUCGAAUCGUCAUCCGUGUGGACUGAAUCUUGUGCUGCAUCCAUUUGAGAGUGAUUUGUAUUUCAUACUCACCGAUGAAGGUUGCAUCCAGAAGUGUUCGCUCAACCAUACACAUUCGUAUCUCGAAGCGUUGAAGGUGCAUGAGGGCUCCGUUAACCACAUGGACUUUUCACCUUGGUCACCGAAACUGUUUCUAACCUGCGGCAAUGACUGGACCAUUCGCAUUUGGUUGGAGGGCAUAUUUCAGCCUCUCAUCACUCUGUGCAGCCGCUUUGCACCAGUCCAUUGCGCUAUGUGGAGCCGCACUCAUUCGACGGUAAUUAUUGCAAUCAAUCGGGAAACUAUCGAUAUUUGGGAUUUGCGGCGAAAUAUUUUAAUGCCCGUGUCGUCGCAGCACGUAGACAGAUCGUUUCAAACGUUGGGCAAAUUGAGUUUGUGUGGCAGAUCGUUAGCCGUUGGUAAUGAACGCGGAAAUUUAUUGAUGUUCAGCUUUGAAGAUAUGCCUUUUCAGCCGUAUGCUCAGUACAAGGAGUUGGAGAAAGCGAUCUACAAGGCAAUUGAAACUUCACCGACUCUAAUAAAUGAGUUGAAAAAUAUUGGCUACUUUGGAUAUGGAAAGAAAAAGAAUAAAAACUUUUGAUUUUACAUAGAAUUUUUUGGAUGCCUGUUGGGAUCCUGAUGCAAUAAUAAAAG